AUGUUCAUCUGCUGCUGCUGGUUUGGCCGUUCAUCUGUUGCUGCUGCUGCUGGGGAUGUUCACGUGUUGCUGCUGGUUUGGCCGUUGAUCUGCUGCUGGUUGUGGAUCAGCAGAGCUAGUUCGUGCGUGUUUGAACCCGCCGCUGCUGCUGCUGCUGCUGCUGCUGCUGCUGCUGCUGCUGCUGCUCAGUCUCUGGAGGCGGUGCGGGCUGCAUGCGAGGAGCUGCUGCAGCUGCUGAGCAGCAGCGAAACCGAAGGCCGGCGAACUUUCCUCUACAGCAGCGAGGCCGAGCUGCUGCGCAGCCAGCGCGUGCUGCUGCACUUGGGGAAUCAUUUGCUGGAGUUUGUGAACUUCGUUUACUGGCAGUGCCGCGGCAGCUACUGUGCUGCUCUUUGCGCAAUUCUGAAGAGAGGAGAGUUGGACUUGGGCACUUUGCUGCCUCCUCGUCCCGAGAGUUGUGCUGCUUUGUCUUGGUCUGAAGUUUAUGUUUUGUACGCGGCGAUCAAGGCGCAGAACGCUGCUGCUGCUGCUGCUGCUGCUGCUGCUGAGGGCGCCGCAGACCCCGCUGCUGCUGCGGCUGAGGGCGCUGCUGCUGCUGCGGAGGGCGCUGCUGCUGCUGCCGACCCCAAACUCAAGCUCUUCGUCUCCCAGAGGUCCAUCGACUUCGACCUCCCAGACGGAGGCUGCAGCAGCAGCCCAGGGUCCAGCAGCAGCAGCGGCGGCAGCAGCAACAACGGCAGCAACGCUGCUGCUGCCCCCAACGGCAAGGCCGCCGCGCCCGGCCAGGCAGCCGCCAACAACAACAACAGCAGCAGCAGCAGCAGCAGCAGCAGCAGCAGCAGCAGCCGGUUGUCGGUGAGCGCGGCGCUGCUGCCGCUGCCGCGGCUCAGCGUGAGCGUCAACAUGGGCAUGGGCGGCAGCGGCAGCAGCAGCAACGCGAACAACAACAACAGCAGCAGCAGCAGCAGCAGCAGCAGCAGCAGCAGCAGCAGCAGCAACGGGGCGGAAGAGGGGGGUGGCCCCCGGAGUUACCUGGGGGCGGCGCUGCAGCGGCUGCGGAACGCGGGGGUGGCGGUGAUGGGCUCUGGGGACGCGGAAGCUGCUGCGCAGCUGGGGCGGGCUUUGCCAGCAGCAGCAGCAGCAGCAGCAGGAGGCAGCAGCAGCAGCGGGGAGGAGGCGGCGCUGUGGAAGCAGCAGCACUUCGCAGCAGUGCCGGCUGCGCGGCAGCUGGCGCUGCAGCAGCUGGCGCUGCAGCUGAGCCCGGAAGCCAAGUUUGCUGUUGUGCUUUUCCACAAAAGACUCAAACUCUGCAGACAAUUCCGUUUGCUGCUGCACAGGGCCCUGGCGGGGGCCCUCAGCUUGCUGGGGGCUGAGGCCUCCUUCGGGGGGCAGCGGCGGCUGUCUUGUUUGCUGCUGGCGCUGCUGUACUUCCGGCUGCCGGCCUUUCGUGCUGCGCUGCUGCGCAGCGUGCUGCCAGCAGAAGGCCGUGCUGCAGCAGUGGAGGAGUGGCGGGGCACGGACUUCCUGCUGGACAGCAGCAGCUUGGCAGCAGCAGAGCAGUGGGGCGCGGGCAGCCCGCUGCGGCUGCUGCUGCAGUGGGAGCCGCUGCACCUGCUGCUGCUGAGCUACUUCGGGCCUGCAGCACUUAAGGAAGACCUGGACUCCAUCCGCAGCAAACUGGCCCCCGAAGCAGCCUGGGGCGAAGAGCUGGGGCCUGCUGGCAGCAGCUUCUUCACUUUCCUGGAGCAGUGGGUGCGGGCGGUGCAGGCUGCUGCAGCAGCAGCGCCUGCUGCAGCGGGCGCGCGCAGCAGCAGCAGCAGCAGCAGCGUGGAGUGGCGGCAGCUGCCGGGCUACCCCACACUCAUUAAAAGGCUGCUGCUGGAACUCAAGGCCAGAGCAGCAGCAAAGUACCCAGACUCUCUUGUCAGCUGCACUGCUGCAGUGCUGGCCAACGAAAAGCUGCUGUCAGUGCUGGUCAAAGUGCUGCUGCUGCGCACCCACGCCCACAGCAGCCAGCAGGUGCACAGCGCCCUCAGCUGCCUGGACUUGUGGCUGCAGCAGCUGCUGCAGCGGGGGCUGCCGCUGCCUCCGAACUUCGACUUUGCUUUUUUCCGAAGUGCCCUCGAGCUUGUCUUGUCUUCAGAUUUGUAUCCAGUGGUCACCAAGGGGCUCUGGCUGGUCUACCGCAACUUGCCCAUCCUCGACGGCGAGCAGCUGCAGCAGCUGCUGCUGCUGUGUCUGCGGCGCCUCGCGCUGCGGCUGCUGCUGCACUGGGCCUGGCUGGUCCGCCGGGCUUUCAUUUUGCUGCUGCUGUACAGGUUGGUGGAGGGAAUGCGCCGCGUCAUUGCCCGCGUCACCGGCAGCGAGCUCACCUUCCAGCAGCAGCAGCAGCAGCAGCAGCAGCAGCAGCAGCAGCAGCAGGGGCGCAGGGUGGCGCUGUCCACGGAGGAGGCCGUCGUCGUCGACGGCUAUUCGGUGGUCGUCCAGCUCAUGAAGGCCCUCGGCAUGGAAGAGCUGCUGCCAGCAGCAGCAGUCGGCGCAGCAGCAGCAGCAGCAGCGCAGUUCCACAAGGGAAACGCCACCUACGCCGGAGCACCCGCCACGCCCGCCACCGCAGCAGCAGCAGCAGCAGCAGCAGCAGCAGCAGCAGCAGGCGCCGCGGAGGCUCCGCCCGAAACCAGGGAAGCCGCGCCCGCAACCGCCGCAGCAGCGCCCGCCGCAGCGCCUGCUGCUGCUGCUGCUGCAGGCGCUGCAGCAGGCGCUGCUGCUGCUGCGGCGCCCGCUGCAGCAACGCAGCAGCAGCAGCAGCAGCAGCAGCAGCAGCAGCAGCAGCAGCUGUUCGAAGGCGACGUGGACGCCCCCGAACUGCAGGCCUACCGGCGACUUGCUGUUGCAGAAUUCAAAAAAGAAAUUGAACAUUAUAAAGCUUGGGUUGCUGCUGGAGCUCUCUCGCUGCCCAUGAUGGUCAUUCCCAGCGCGCCCCUAGACGCCAACACCGACGUGCCCCUCGAGGGCUGGCAGUAG